AUGAUACUUUUUAUUUGUAUCAUUGUUACAAUCAAUGGUCGAAUUAUACCAUUAUCCACACAUUCCAAUUCAAUGUUAACAAUUGAUACAGUAACAAAUACUGAUUUUGCAAUUAUUUCAAAAGAUAAUCUAAGAAAAAAUGGAUGGGAUAAUUGGGAAGAGCCAUCGACAGGUCCUCCCGAACCGGGUACAUCUGUAUGUUAUUCACUUGUUGGAUGUUUUGAUAAUGAUCCUCCGUUUGAUAAUGCUGGCUUGGAAGUACCACAAGAUCCAUCGAUAAUUAAAACAGAUUUUCUUCUAUUUACUUCUUCUCAAGCAACAAGUCCUGAAAUACUUGAAUACGAUAAAAAUGAUAAAUCAAUUAUAGAUUCUAAGUUCAAUAAUUCACAAUGGUUAAGAAUUAUUGUUCAUGGUUUUACAAAUAAUCGCCAUAGUCCUUGGAUUCCACGAUUAACUGAAGAAUUACUUAAAUUGAAGGAUAAUGAAGCAUCUGCCGUAUUGGUUGUAGAUUGGGGUAGUGGAGCAAAAUUUCCGUUUUAUAAUAAAGCUGCAGCAAAUAUUCGAUUAGUUGGAAAGCAAAUAUCUUUAAUUUUAAAGAAAAUGAAAACAUUAAAAAAGUUAUCCUAUGAUAAAGUACAUUGUAUCGGCCAUAGUCUGGGUGCACAUACAUGUGGAUAUGCAUCAAAUGGAAUAAAUAAUCAAAUAGGUCGUAUAACGGGCCUCGAUCCAGCUGGACCAUUUUUUGAAGGCAAACCUAAUACUGUUCGUCUUGAUCAAAAAGAUGGCAAAUUUGUCGAUGUAAUUCAUACAAACACAGAAAUUGCAUUGGGUAUCGGCUUGGGAUCAAAAGAUCCAUCUGGUCACAUUGAUUUUUAUGUUAAUGGUGGUAAGCAACAGCCAGGUUGUCCAUCGACUGUUGCAGGACUUAUUGGUGGAUUAUUACCUGGCCAAUCUGAAAGUGGAUUUGAACAAUCAUCAUGUUCUCAUAGUCGUUCACAUGGAUAUUUUAUUGAAUCUAUUCAUUCUCAAUGUCCAUACACAGCAUAUCAAUGCCAAGAUUUUGAUAGUUUUCGUAAAGGACAAUGUCUUUCAUGUGAAACAUCGGGUUGUUCUCAAAUGGGUUUUUAUGCAAAAGAUUCAGUCAAUCGUGGUAACAUGUAUUUAUCUACGAAGAGUCAUCAUUAUUAUAUCGAACUUUCACUUAAUGAAGAUAUGAUGAAAACAAUUGGAGAAAUUUAUGUUUCGCUUUAUUCAAAUUACGAAUUAUUAACAAAUCUGAGCAUGACUCACAAAUCAAAUGUGGAAAUCAAAGGUGGUAAUAUCCUUCGGCAUGUAUUUAGUUCGGAUAUUGAUUACAACAAUAUUGACUAUGCUAUCAUUUAUUUCUAUAAAGGAAAAUCUUUAUUUAAUUUGGGUGGACCAUACGCUAAUGAUAUUCGUAUAUCCUAUCUUCAAGUGAAAUCAGCUGAUGGAAGUUUAAUCAGUGAUGCAGUAUGUGAUUUUAAUACUACAAUACCAUCUUUUACUGAACAUACAUUACUUUUCAACCGUCAUCAUAAAUGA